AUGAGGAGUUAUGGUAUGUCGACAAAUGAAAGACGGUGCUCUGUAAUCAUUUUGACUAUACGGCUGCACAUAACAUCCCAAAUAUCGCCCUUAAAGGAAAGAUUAUCAGAUUUCAUUUCGGAAGAGAAUAACAAGGAUUUUAAAGAUCAUUAUUUAAACUUACUAAGUAACUUAAAGGCGAAUAUAUCAAAUUUUGGGAAAUUCUGCGCUGAUUUUGAUUCCCCGAAGAAUAAUGUAAGCAACUUCUCGUGUAUACUCUUACAUAGAAAGGAUACCAUAUCAUCUUCAAAAUUGGCAAAACUCAAUGAACAAGAAAUUUUUUCAGAUGCCUUUCGUAGAAUGAUUCAUUCACCUGUCGCUCAAGACUUUAUACAACUUGAGAAGUCUUUCGCUAUCGCAGUUGGUUACGAACUCGAUAAACGAAAUGAUGUCCUAAAUGAAAUGGAUCAAAAGCAUAUUGAUGAGACUGAGCGUAGUUUACAGAAACGUGGCAGUGAAGUGUCCGAAACUAUCACACAACUUCAAGAAGAUUUUUAUCUCAGCAGAGAGAUUGUUGAAAGUCAUUGGGACAGUUGUAUUAGUGCUUUAAAAUGGGAACAACGUCAAGCGUUGAGAAAAUUCGUUAUGUCAUUUGAAGAACAUGUACGUGGUUUGCCGGAAAAUAAUAAUCGUGCCAGUAUUUCACAAACACUUUUAAAAGACAGUUCUUCUAAAAGGCCAAAUUCUUUGUCAAACAAAUCGUCAUCAAAUAACCAUACUAUUUUCAAACAGACUGAACAUAUCCCAUUGUCAGAAACUUUUACUGUACAACUGGGACGUCAAUUACGAACGGUGUUCAACUUUCGUCUAACCCGAUUGGAUCCAUCUGAAAUACUAGCAGAUACAAAAUUUAAAACUCAAGAAAAUCAUUUAUCAGAUGACAAUAACUUGGCUGAACGUAUGAAUAAUGCUUUGAAUAUUUAUUCUAACAAUUUAAAUGGCUUAGUGAUUUUAGUGGAUAAGCGAAUUAAUUCUUUUCGUGGAAUCAAAAAAUUUUUGGUGGAAGCAUGUGAACGAUCAACUGAGCUCCAUUUCCCGGAACUUGGUUCUCAGUUAGAAUCUAUUCAGGAUACAAUCAACCGUUUAGGCUCACGUCAGUCAACAGAUCCGCACUGCAUGUCCAAAGUGACAAAUGCAUCAAAUGGGACCCCUACCACUGCAAAAUCGAAAUAUGAACACUUCGAACCAAUUCAUGGUGAUGUUUUAAUAACUAAGCAUUCAAAUUUAAUCAGUGGUACUGGUGGUGGCAUCAAUGUUAUCUUUCAAAUGGUACUUGAUGAAGAUUGUGAAAAUAACAUACGUAUUCCGUCUCCAUUGCAUUGUGCCAUCUCAGCUAUACUACGUACUUGUUUUGAUUAUGACAUUACCACACUGUCUUUACCACUGUUGUUGGUUCCAUCAUUAUCUGAAAAUAUGGAUAGAACUUGGAGAGCUAAACGAGUAGAAACCGUUUUGAAAGCAGUUAAAGGGGCAUUGAUGGAACUGAUAACCUGGCGUGGUCUUAAUUUACGGUCUAUACAAUUCUUAGCACCUUCAAAUACUACCGAUGAUGAAUUAAAUGUAUUUCGUCAAAUAAUUUCAAAUUCAUUCCUACAACCAAAUCCAUUAAUAGCGAUUUAA